AUCAGAUUCGAGGACCUAUUAAAGCCUGAAGAUGUCUCCUCGUUAGCUCAGUACAAAAUUCAAAAUGACAGCAUCCAGUGUUUUGGUAUUGUACAGUUUAGUUGUGUUUAUUUUUACUGCAGAUGCAACUCUUGUUAGCAAAUGUAAAUUUGGUACCGACCAUUCGCCAGAACUUGUAGAAAUCCCAGGAUGUGACAGUGAACCUUGCGCUUUUUACCUCAAUGAGCAUAAUGCCAUGACUAUGAAAUUCAGGUCUCCACGAUAUUUGGAAAACUUUCGCCCAAUGGCUUUAGCCAUUGCGUUGGGUGUUAAUGUUACUUAUCCCCUGGGGCAAGAUGAUGGGUGUGUGGGUGUCACCAACACACCGUGCCCUUUGGCCGAGAAUGAGUACAUCGAGUACACUUACAGCAUGUAUAUUUUACCUAUUUUUCCUAAAAUAAGUUUUACGAUUGAAUUUUCACUGAUUGAUAAAGACCAGGAUGAUGAGCAAGUAGAGUGCUUCAGACUGGAUGUGGAGCUGAAGGAUAGAUAAUAACUACUUAAUUAAAUGCAAUUUUCGAGUGUAACGCAAUUGUGGCAUUCGAUAAAGAAUAAAAUAUUGUUAUUGUUA